GAACCUGUGGGCCUAGAUUUCAACUCUAAUGACAAGGAUUAUAUCUCAGCUGGCCAUGAGUUUGACUCUCUCUACCAAAACUUGGACUUGGACUCUCUUAAUGCAGAUCUUCUUUCUCAGUUCAUGCCAGGCGCCAUAGCAGAGACCUCUGCAGGUGUAUAUGAAUCCCACCUAACUGCUGAACCAGAGGAUCUCACAGAAGCUGAGCAAAAGAAGCUCAAAUCUGAGUUCACUAAAUUGGAGAUGGAAAUUGUAACUGUACACCAUGCGCUGGCAGUCAAAGAGAGGGGCGGAAUGGAGCUUAGAAGGAAGUUGGGCCACAUAGCCUGGGUGGGACAGAAUCUGUCCAAGAGCUGGCACAAUGUUCAGAUCUCCAAUGCCUAUGUGAAACAGAAGACAUCAGCUGCCCUGUCCACCAUGGGCUCUCCCAUCUGCAGGAAGUCAGACAUGAAGAAGUCAGCCACAUUAAGAUCCUUUCAAGGUCUAAUGGUGACAAGCAAGUCCAGAGUCGCAGGUGGCAGAGAGCUUGGCAGUGAUUGCCCUUCUUCAGCAGAGAGUGGGGAAGACCCACUCCCGGUUUCAGGAAGUGGGAAUGAUUCAGUUCUUGGGAAUGGACAUUAUCUGGUUAGAAAGAAUGAGGAUAACCUGCUCCCUUUUCUGGAGCUCCAGUAA